AUGUUUAAACGCAGCAUUAUGUCGACGAACCAAGUUUUGGAUACGAUCAUUAUUGGGGCCGGCUGGUCCGGUGCCGUUGCCGCGCGUGAGCUUGUUCGCAAGGGGCGCAAGGUGUUGGUGCUAGAGGCCAGAGACAGAGUCGGAGGGCGUGCAAACACGUGGGUAAAGGGAGACGUCAAAGUUGACGUGGGAUGCAGCUGGAUUCAUGGAUACAAAGAGGGCAAUCCUGCUGGGUAUAUUGCACAAGAUUUUGGUGUUGUCGCGCAUCUACCUAAAGCUGCCGAAGGUGUGGUUUAUGGUCCAAACGGCCGUCUCUCCAGCUCGGAAGCCGAUAGCUUGCGUGCAUCACUGGGGGCUGCACAUGCAUCUACCAAGCUCCCGCACCCUACUCCCCCGCCUGAUGCUUCACUUGCUUCAGCCCUCUUCGCCGAUAACUCCUCACUGGUUGCAUCGAACCAGAAGGACUUGGCCGUCGCGCUAGCCCGGUCUCUGGAAAUCCCUCUGGGACUCAAGCUCGAGAAGGCAUCUUUGAGGUGGGCAGGAUGGGAGGCCGCGACCGCCUUUGCCGGCUCCGAUGCCGCCCCCGAGGGAGGUUAUGAGGCUUUGGUUAACAAGGUCAUCGAAGAUGCCAAGGCGAAAGGAGCAGAGGUGAAGUUGAGUACUAAGAUUGCUGGCGUGUCACACAGCGAAAACGGACUUGUUGUGACUGACGCGCAGGGCAACAAAUUCACCGCAAAGACGGCCGUUUCCACCAUCCCGCUUGGCACCCUCAAAACUCUCCCUGAGAGCACCUUCAACCCUCCCCUCCCCCCUCGCUUGCAAGAGGUGAUCAAGGGCACUCAUGUCGGUGUGUUGGAGAAGCUCCUGCUUCAAUACCCGACAGCCUGGUGGCCCGAUGCCGACAAGGCGGGUUCUUACACGUUCUUGCCUACCUCUACGAAGCCUGUCGUCAUUACUGAGUCCUCGACCCCUGCAGAGAUUUUUGAGGCAUCUACCUUGGUCUGCGCCAACUUCGCCAGCUCGACCCUCCCUGGCCCCAGCCCGACCCUCCUGACGUAUCUUUCAGAAACACCUGCUACCGCCCUUCUUCGCUUCGACUCCGAGGAAGUCGCAGCAGCUUACCACAAGUUCCUCGUUUCCCGUUUCGAACCUUCCUCUGAGCCUCCGGCACCGGUCGAGACCGGCUUGACGAACUGGUUGACAGACGAAUUCUCGUGCGGUGCUACAACGACCCCGUCCAUUAUCUCAAGCAAUGGCGAGCGAAGCCCUCUUGAUUUCAAGGAGUUGAGCAGGCCCGUCUGGGACGGCAGACUUGGAUUUGCUGGUGAGCACACUGAAAUGGAGAACCGCGGAAGCGUCGCUGGUGCAGUCAUAAGUGGCUACCGCGAGGCCGAGCGCGUCGAGAGGCUGUUGAAGUUUAUCGAGGAGGAUGUCAAGUUGUGA